ACACACGGCUAUCCAAAGUAUUUUUAUAGAGAAAACAGAAAAACUAGUGAGAAGGAAGGAACUUCGAGGGACAUUAUAGUAAAAGAACAGAGUAAAAUAAUUGAAGAGGUAAAAGAAAGAGAAACUAAUAAGAGUGGUCCCUACAUUAGGAACAGCAGAGAAACUGAGCAUUGUCUCUUCCUUCGUUCUCAUCUCCAUUGCUCCAGCUCCCCCACUGCAAGUGUGACUUCUCCAACCCUUCUCUCUCUCCCCCAACUAGUGACACAGUCGGUGGCUUAUUCCCACCCUGCAAAUUGCAAUUGCCUAUAUCUAUAGGGACCCCAACGGGUCUUUUCCUUUUAUCUGCUUAGCCUCGUGACCCCCCCUAUCUCUCUCUCUCUGCAUCUCAGUUACUGAAUUUAACACUGAUCUCACCUUUCAUACUCUUCAAUUCCUUUUCAUUGGCCAACUUCCCUUUUUUCACAGUACUUCCUUAGCCAACGCCAGUUCCGUUUUUUCAUUUUUGCCCUUUCCAAUGCUCUGUUUAUAUAACUUCUCUUUCUAGAAUGGGGAAACUUUUUCACACGAUAAAUUAACAAGUCCCAGAUUUUUUUUCUUCACAUAUAGAUAAAUACACAUAUGAUUCUGGGGUGCUCUUCUACUCUGCCUGUUAUAUUCCUAAUGCUCUUGGCUUUUUCUUCAUAUCCUUUUUCUCCUUUUUUUAAAAUAACACAGUAACUUUUCCUGCUUGUACUUUUUGGGUUUAGGGUUUUGCACCCUCUUUUCAAUUUUCCUUUUCCUUUCCAAUUCUAAGCCCACGCCUCUUCAAUUCUAAUUUCCUUAACUUGUAGAACUCGAGUGUAAAUUUUAAUAAUAAAAUAUAUAUUUUUGAAGAAUUUACAAAUGUCUUCGUGUUUGAGUGGAGCUGGUGGAAGAACCUAUGGAUUCGAUUUCGAAUUCGUGAAAUCCCCGUCAUCGUCGACCAGAACUUCGCACACAUCUUCUUCCCCUUCCUCAACCAUCUCCGAAUCCAGCAAUUCAGCACUAGCAAUCUCCACCAGAAAACCUAGGACUCCACGAAAGCGACCCAACCAAACCUACAAUGAAGCCGCGGCGCUCCUCUCCACGGCGUACCCGAACCUCUUCUCCACCAAGAACCUCAAAACGCACGCCAAAUUCUCGAAACCCGCGUUCGAUUAUGACUCUUCGGAGCUGUUAUUGCCGUUUACGGUGUUGGAAACUUCGUCGUCGUGUUUCCUAUUGGAGCAACCGAUGCAACGCCACAAGCCGAUGGAGCCAAAGGUGGUGAACGUGCAGGAGAAGCCGUGCCAGAGCCCAGGGGAGAUAAGCUCCAGAGUGAAUUCCAUUGAAUUGAACGAUGAUUGCGAAGAGAGUUUCGACGCCGAAUCGAUUCUCGACGAGGAAAUCGGAGAAGGCAUCGAUAGCAUCAUGGGGAGCAGAGUCCAAGAGGAUGAUUCCAACGACGCUAUUCCGUGGACCGCUUUUGGCGGGAAAUUGGAUUUCCGAGUCGGGUUUCCGAGACCCGGAAUUAGGGCUCUCCGCCACGUGGAUGAUGGUAAUUGGUGGAAUUUUCCGGCCGUUGAUAUCCUUCAGAUAUCGCCCAAAGUCAGCAACAAGCCUCCGCCCUUGGCGGCGGAGAAGAAGAAUAAGAAGAAGAAGAAGGUGGAGAAACCGGUCGUUGAGUUGAACACCGCCGAAUUGCCCAAACCAAAACAGGGUUUGAUGUUGAAAUUGAAUUACGACGGCGUUCAGAAUGCCUGGUCUGACCGUGGCUCACCCUUCGCCGCCGACAGCCCCGUCUCCGAUGCACCGGAAAAUGACGUUACUGCGCGGUUGUCGCAAAUUGACUUGUUGUGGGACAAUGGGGGAGUGAGAGAAGCUAGCGUGCUGCGCUACAAAGAGAAGCGAAGAACGCGCCUCUUCUCGAAGAAGAUCAGGUAUCAGGUCAGAAAAGUCAACGCGGAUCGACGGCCCAGAAUGAAGGGGCGAUUUGUUAGGAGGCUCAAUUCUAGCUCAAAUGCGCACAGAUGAUAGUAUGUAGUAGCAGUAAAGCACAUGCUUUUUGGGACUUGAUUUAUAAAAGAAAAAGAGAGAGAGAGAGAGAGUUUAUCUAGUUAUAUUUUUGUAACCUUUACUCUUUUUUUCCCCUUUGGUUCUUUACUUUUUGGGUUCUUCCUUCCUUCGCUAAGAUAAGGGAGAAAAGAGGUCGGAUGAGAUAAGCAAAUUGCCUAAGAUUCUAUUACACCAUGAUUCUCUUCGCGUUGUUGCCUCGGGGAGGUUCUUCGUUUAACACUUGGUUCCUUUGUAUUAUGAAAUGAUAUAUAAAUCACUUGUACCACAUAAAUAUUAAUAAGGCACGCAUUGUUUCUUCCCUGCCACUUCAACUAAUAACCCCACAGCUUUGUCGUAAAAAAAACAAAAAUGGUAACCCUAGGAUUUAAGGUGGAGAAAAGGGAGGGACAUGGGUUUGAUCAUACAAUUAACGAUGAUUGUUAUGUUGUGUAAUUAAUACGUGUUUACAAAAUUCCUAAUGUGAUAAUGCAGAUUUGACACCAAGCAAUGAAAGAUAACCGUUGCGCUGGCCAUCUAUGGGAGCAGUCGAGAGUUUACAAUUGAAUUAUGAUUCUUAUUUUCAAAGUAUUCAUCAUCUUUCCUCAGACUGUUACCUUGUCAGAGUUUAAUUUAUUCUAUUUUGCGAUAAUUAGGUGUAGUAAUUGUCUAAAGUCGAAUCAUAUCCACUACACGUUUAGAAUUUUACCCUAGUGCUUCAUAUGCUACAUACUGAAUUGAUAUUCGUUGUGUUUUUCGUCUUUGUCCAAUAAAAAGAAAACACGUUUGAUUUAUUUUUCAAAACAUAUUUUUGAAGCUUGUCUUAAAAUUUUAAAUGAAAAGGGGUUAUUUUAAAAAUUAAUUAAUCCAAUUAUGGAAUUAAUUAAAAUUCGUGAAAAGGUUUUCAAUUAAAAAGAGGGAAAAUGCAAAAUAACGAAGAAAAUAAAUCAAUGAAUGUGAGCUUAUUAUCUUCGUUGAAAAAUUAAAGUUAAAUUUAAAUAAAACAAAAUUAAAUUAAUGAAAACCAAUAUAACCACUCUUUAUUUCAGUUCCACUUUAGUCUGCUGACGUGUUUGAUUUGAUUGUAAACAAUAAUUAAAAUGAGCUCAUAUCAGUAAACAGUUUUUUAUUAUAACUAAAAAGGAUGCGAAAGUGACAAGGUCGUAAAACUAUUUACAAUUGAAAUAAUUUAUUUUUCAAUUGAAUUACUAUUUUUACGAAAUCAUUUAAUUUUCCGUUAAUCUAUUAAAUAG